AUGUCAUCAACCCAUGGCAUUAAUACAUCAUCUCCGCCAUCCUCAUCAUCGCUAAUUCCAACAUCACUUCGCGAAGAAUUUGUGAACAACAAUGAUGAAUUUGUUGGUGAUGAUGAUGGAGGUGAUAUUUCUCCCCCACCUCUCGCUUCUAAUCCCACAACCAUGAUGGAACAUACAACUUGUGAUACUUCCUGUAAUAAUAAUAAUACUAACAAACAUCAACAUCCACAACUAUCACUUUUUACUUCAAGCGUUCGUCAUGUCAAUGCCUCUCCUUGUUACAGUGGUAACGGAAACAACAUCAACAAUAUCGGCUCUAAUAUCACCAUCAACACAAGCAAUGGAGGAAGUCGAUCCUCAUCAACAGUGGCAUCUCCACAACAAGAAAAUUGGUAUUGGAUUGAAAGUGUCGAUUUCACAGUUGGUGAACAACUACCAGUGGAUGAAGGAAAUACUGUAGAUUACAAAUUGACUGUUUUUAGUGAUUAUAUGAAUUUCAAAACAACAAGCAAGGAAGAAUCACAAAAAUUAGAGAAAGAGCUCAUCUCCGACGCAAUAGGAUCGUUUGAUAAAUCUCCAACUCCUACUGCAGAGCACAAACAUGCGCACUUCUCUCCAUCUACUUCUACUACCGCCGCAACUACAGCUGUGGAUGGUGUUGUGGAUUAUGCCAAGCUUGGUGAAAGAUUAACGGAGUAUUUAUUAGCUUUUUUAAAUUCGAAUGGAGGAGCCCUUGUAUUUGGUGUUAGAGAUGAUGGAGUAGUUUUUGGAAUGAAACUGAGCGAGAAACAACGCGACAAAAUACGACUUCUUUUUGACAACUGCAUUAGGAAUUUUCAGAUCACUCCUACACCUAGAGUUGGCAUUCAUUAUAGACUUGAAUUUAAGAAAGCAACCAAUUUUCCUAAUUUAUGGAUUUUAAUUUUGGAGGUGAAAAAAUCAGAAUGUUUUCAUUAUGCGCACAUUAGAAGUCAUUUGAAGAGCUGGGAAAGACUAUCAGCUUCCAAUUUAUGCCUCUGUGAUCGCCCUCAACGUUUUGUAGAACGUUUACGGGAGCUCAGAAACACUCCUGAAUAUCAGAAUGAACUUCAAUCUUCCAUUAAUCCACCACAAAUGUCAAGAAGAAACUCAAUAUCAACAAAUAAUCUUCAACAAGCAAAAGAAAAUUCGAGAGGGUCAUCAAGUCCAAAAAGAAUAUAUGAAGGCUAUUUUAUUCUCGUAUUUUCUGAUAUUCAGUUAACAGUCAGUGAGCUGAUACUUGCAAGAGCUGGUUUUGAUAAGAGAAUUUAUAGAUUAGAAUCUUAUGGUAAUAUGGACGAUCAAGGUAGAUUUUUGAUCGAUAGACCUUCCAAAUAUUUCAAUUUAAUUUAUCAAUUCCUGCAAGUUGGAUAUGUUUCAGUCAAGUUGCACGAUUGGCCUGUUUUUUUACUUGAAGCUGAAUUUUAUGGACUUGCAGAAAUGAUCCACAACGAAAAUCAAACUUCGAUAGAGGCACACAACUCCUUCGUGUUGGUAAAAUCCAUCUCUAAACCGUUGAAAAUGCAUCCAUCCAUCUCUCAAGCCAAUUUUUCAAACAAAGUUGGAAAUUAUUUAUUGAAUGUUGAUAAUGGAACAUCUCAACAAAAUAAGGACACCAAUUAA